GGCUUUAGCGUCCUGGAUCGUCUGCUCUUAACACACCCGGUGUGGCUUCAGCUGUCUCUGGAGCAAGACUCGGCCCUCUACAUUCUGCUGAGAGAGCCCGUCGGCACGUUCUUGGUGCGCAAGUGCGGCUCGAGCCAGAGGAAGCUCCUUUGCGUGAGGGUGACGGCGGACGGGACUCGGUCCUCUGUGAAGGAGUGCCCCAUCUGCGAGGAAGACUACGCCUUCGCCUUGGAGAGCUCGGCGCUCGGCUUCCCGGACUUGUGUCGCCUGGUGGCCUUCUACUGCGUCAGCAGGGACGUCUUGCCUUUCCCUCUUCAGUUGCCGGAUGCCAUCGCCAAUGCCACGACGCGCAGGCAGCUGGAGGCCAUCUCGCACAUGGGCCGAGACUUCUGGAACUCUCCGAGCGCCUCGGAGCUUCAAAACGGACCUCCGGCAUCGCCGAGCGGCAGCCCGACCCGGGCGGCGGCGGCGGCGGCGGCGGCUUCGGACCGACGCCGGCUUCGGGGCCGCGCCGGCCGAGGCAAACUGUGCUUCGUAAACCCUCUCUUCCUGCGGCCGGAAGUCCGGAAGCAGUCAGAAUUCCAGGACCGCAGCGCCUCCAACAAGAGACGACGCUUCAAGCGGAGCAUGUGCCUCCGCCUGUCCGGGUCCUCCGUCAAUCUGUCCCUCGAGGGCGCGGGGUCCCACUCCCCGCCUCCGUCCGCGGAGAUGCCCGGCGGGCCCGAGAGGCCGCCCGACUCCGAUCCCCAGAGGAGAGUUCGUGCCGGGGCGGGGGUCCUGAGGAGAACCUCUGCCGUGGCGGCGAGGUCCGAGGAAGACGACAUUAUGGCCGCGCCGGCGCCUCAAGCGGACCCCCGUCCCGACAUCCGGCAGUCGUUCCCAGAUGAGUUGCCGGCCAUUCAAGUGGCUCUCCUGGCCUCGGAGCGCCGUCCGGCUCCGUCUCUGGCCGAGCUGGAUAGCAACAGCUCCUUCAGCAGUCUGGAUGAGGAAAGCGAUCGGGAUCCCGACUCGGACGGGGAGGGCGGGCCGCAAAGCCCAAGUCGGGGUCGGCGGCGGCCGCAGCGCAUGAGCGAGGCCUUGGUGUGUUUCUUUGCUCCGGAGAAGCGUCUGGCGCGACUGGUGCAGGAGCUGUCCCGGGACAGGCGCUCGGUUUUCGGAGGGAUGGUCCAGGACUUCCUCUCGGCUCACGCGGCCUCGCUGGAAUCGCUGGCCGCCGCCCCGUGCGGCGCUUCCCCGCAGGUGACGUCCGUGCAACUCCUGCAGGGCGUGCGCCUCUUCCUGUCCCAGGCCAAGCGCUGCUUACUGGAAAGCGGCGAGCUGGAACCUCCCAUUGAAACUUUGGUGCCGGAGAACGAGAGAGAAGUGGCCCUGGAGCGCGCCAUGUUCUCCUGCGUGCUGCGGCCCCUGCGCGCUCACCUGGACAAAGCCCUCGUGACGCUCCACCGGCGGGACGAAUCCAGCCGGCGCUUGAGCCGCAGCCUCUCGCGGCUGCGGGGCGAGGGCGCGGCGGAGCGGCUGGGCCUGCGCGCCGGCGUGCCCGACGGGCGGCAGGUGGGCGAGGUGAAGCGCAAGCUGGCGCUGAUGCGUCGCGCGCACUCGCCCGUCGACAAGCUGCUGCUGCUGCUGCAGGUCUGCAAGUGCGUGCAGAAGGCCUUGGGCGCGCCGCUCGGCCAGGAAGUGAGCUGGGACGACUUCCUGCCGUCGCUGGCCUACGUGCUGGUGGAGUCCAACUGGCCUCGCAUCCCGAUGGAGGUGGAGUACAUGAUGGAGCUGCUGGAGCCGUCCUGGCUGGGCGGUGAAGGCGGCUCCCACUUGACCGGCGCGUUCGCCAGCCUGCAUCUGAUCCAGAGCCUGGACCUGGACCGGGACCGGGACCGGCCCGUCUCGGGUUUCCUUCCACCCGAGGCCCGGGAGGCGCUGGAACGGUGGCGCCGCAGGCGAAGCCGCCAAGCUCAGGAGCAAAAGGAGAACCUGCGGGGCCAGAGGUGCGUACGGAUACUGUUCCAGGACGGGGAGCGGAGCGCCGUGCGGACCUUGCAGUGGCGAGCGGGAGAGAGCAGCCAGGCGCUGGCGCAGCUGUGCGCCGCCACUUUCGGCGUGUCCGAGCCGCAGCAGUACGCGCUGUACUGGCGCAGCGGCGGCGAGAUGCGCGCCCUGCCGCCUCAGGCCCAGCCCCAAGACCUGGCGGGCCACAGCGAGGGAGGCCCCUCCCUCUCCUACCUGAGGACCGACCACGACUUCAGCAAGAUGCGGCGCCUCACCAGAGGGGGGGCCGUGGACCUGAGCGAGUCGGUGUGCGAGGAGUGAGUGGGAAGCGGAGGAGGAGGUGGGCGGGCGGGCGAGAGGAUGGAAGCCACUCACGCCUGCGGCGAGUGAGGGGGCGCUCGCAACAUGCCGUCAAACAGAACGGGAGCGCCGCUGCCACCGGAGGCUUCCGUUCGUCUCGUGGAGGGACCGCAUCCGGAGAAGGCCGGCCCACCCGCUCCGAGACCUCCGCGCCAAAGUCUUCAGCUUGGGACUUUUGACAAGGAGACGCCGCUCGCUCGCUUACUUUUCUGCCGCAUCCUCCAGCUGCAGCUUCCUCGUACUGUAGGCGGGUCCACGGCGCCGCCUCUGGUGAGCCGCCGCACGACGCCUGUCGUGAUGGCGGGCCAAAUGUCGGACCGAGUCGAGUGGCGAUGUUUCCAGGCACUCGUAAGACAACUUGGCACACGAGCGGAACAAACGUC